AUGAUGAUGAUGGAGCGCCUCGGCGGUGGCGGGCUGGGGCUGGGCGGCGGGGGGUUCCGCGGCGGCGCGCAGCCCUCCCUGGCCGACUUUCAGCCCCCGUACUUCCCUCCGCCGUUCGCCCCCACCGCUCACCCCGCCAGCCCACACCACCAACAGCAAAGCCAUGGCAUGGAGUACGGCGGCGGGGGUGGUGGUGGGGCAGAGUACGCGCAGCACUACGCGCCCCAACAGCUGCUACCGCGCCACCACGGCCACCACGAGCCCCACGCGCACCUUCGCCACCACAGAGACCACCACGACGCCAUACACACGCACCACCUUUCACACGGCGGAUUCGGUUACGGCGGCGGCGAGAGGCGUGCGGACUACGGUGCCAGGGAGCAGCAUGAACUCGCUUUGCACCACGCACUACACUCAACGGAGGAGACGCAAAAUGCCGGAAUGGACGACACGACGGGAUUUAUGACGGAUCUUCCUUUAUUAAAGACUAUGAAAGGCCGCGACGGCUUGGGCGGGAACGGGUCGUGCGCGCCGAACGACGUGUUCUGCUCUGUGCCGGGCAGACUGUCGCUGCUAUCCUCAACCAGCAAGUACAAAGUGACGGUAGCCGAGGUGCAGAGGAGGCUCUCGCCGCCGGAAUGCCUGAACGCCUCGCUGUUGGGGGGAGUGCUCCGACGAGCGAAAAGCAAAAAUGGCGGAAGGUUACUACGGGAGAAGUUAGAGAAGAUCGGACUCAAUUUGCCAGCGGGAAGACGGAAAGCUGCCAAUGUGACGUUACUCACGUCGCUUGUAGAAGCGGAAGCGGUGCAUUUGGCGCGCGAUUUCGGCUACGUUUGCGAGACGGAGUUUCCGGCCCGUGCGCUCGCUGAGUAUCUCGCGCGCCAAUACGCCGAGCACGACGCGAGGCGGCGCCGCGACCUUCUGCAGGCCACCAAACAGGUGACAAAGGAGUUGAUGGACCUCCUUAACCAGGACAGGUCCCCGCUGUGCAACACGCGACCGCCACAUUUGCUAGAGCCGGCUAUACAGCGACACCUCACUCACUUCUCGCUUAUCUCCCACGGCUUCGGGGGCCCAGCUAUUGUGGCCGCACUCACGGCUAUACAGAACUUCUUGAAUGAAUCGCUCAAGCAUUUAGACAAAUUAUAUCCUCAAACUGGUAUGGUUUCAUCAUCUAUGGACAAGACUAAAAUGGACCCCGACAUUAAAAAG